AGUCCCUCUGCCUCAUUUAUUUUUAAAUACCUUACUACUAAAGAACACCUUAAUAUAGCGUUGGAGCGUUUAUCUGCACUUUGGUAUUAAGUGAUUGGCAAUGGGAAGAAUGAAAUUCGUAGUGGGUUUGGCCAUAACUCUGUUAUUUGCAGUCGCCGAAGGUGUUGAAUUCGAUGUUCGCCAGCAUCUCGGCACGAGCACCAGGUAUGAAACUGGAAAAGCAGCGAUCACUGGUGCAAAUCCUAAUACUCCUCCCAUUGGGUGUACUCCAGUUCAUUUGAAUCUUGUGGCCAGGCAUGGAACACGUACACCUACAGAAAAGAGAGCAAAAGAGCUAAAAAAGCUGGAGAAGAUUCUAAACUCUGCAGGGCACACGAUUGAGGAAGACGCCUACGAGUCAAAGCAGGGACUGCCAUCUUGGUUAAUGGGGUGGCGAUCUCCUUGGGAGAGCAGGAAAACAAAUGGAGAACUAACACGCGAAGGGGAAGAAGAGUUGUAUCAUUUGGGAAAAAGAGUUAGAGAAAGAUUUCCAAAACUGUUCAAUGAAGAUUAUCAUCCUGCUGUCUAUUCAAUAAUUUCAACCCAGGUUCCUCGAGCCUCGGCUAGUGCAGUGGCAUUUGGCAUGGGUUUAUUCGCUGGGAAAGGAGGCCUUGGACCAGGUCGGCAACGGGCAUUCGCUGUUACAAGUAAUAGUCUAGAAAAAGAUACACUUUUGCGUUUUCAUGAUGCUUGCGAAACUUACAAGGAAGCAGCCUUACUGGACAAAACUGAUCAAGCUUGUGGACUUUUCAACCAAACUGAGGUGGAACUGCUUGAGUGGGCUGACGAUGUUGAGAUGCAUUAUUUCAAGGGAUAUGGAAAUUUGCUAAAUUACCAAAUGGGGGUACGAUUACUAGAAGAUGUUUUUAAUUUGACGGAGCAAGCUAAAAUUGCAAGUACAGGUUGUAAUAGUCAAGGCUUUGUACAGAAGGCUCAAUUACGGUUCGCCCAUGCUGAAACCAUCAUACCUUUUACCUGCCUCCUUGGUCUAUUUGUUGAAGCCUCUGACAUAGACAAGUUCCAAAGCAAUAAACCUUUAAAGCCACCUGUUAAAGCCCCUCAACAACGGAGAUGGAGAGGUAGUACAGUGGCACCUUUUGCAGCAAAUAACAUGCUUGUCCUAUAUAAAUGCCCUGCUAAGGAUGACAAUCUUGAAAAGGUUAACCCCCCAGGAGAUCAUGACAGAUUUUUUGUUCAAAUUUUACAUAAUGAAAAGCCAGCUUCUCUUCCGAAUUGCAAUGGAAGUAGUUUUUGCCCUUUUGAAGUUUUCAAGGCAAAUGUUGUUGGUCCACAUCUCCAACAGAAAUUUGAGUUAUUGUGCAACACUCCUACAGAUUGCCCUUUGGCUAAUGAUCGUUCUCGUGAAGAUAAAACGAAUUUGAAAUUGUCUGUGAAGGGUGGGCAUGAUUUAGAUAUUACAUUGUUGGUUCAGGGAAAAGUUGCAGAUCUACACCUCAACCACAAAUCUGAUUCAGUGUGCACCAUUAAGGCAACACUUGAAAAUUGAUCUUUUACUGAUGAUCAUUCUUGUGAAUAUAAAACAGAGUUUUAAUUAUUUCGUACUAUGUUAUUGGAAGCCACAUUGAAUUGAAAUUGUUUCUUCCUUAUUUAUUUGAAAUUAUCAAAUUAUAUAUUAUUUAUGGAGAUAUAACAAUUUUAUUGUCUCGUGAAAAGGACGAGAAGAACAAAAUUAAUAAGAUGAC